CCCUUCACUUCACGUGCGAAAUAAAAAAAUCUCUGACUACAACCAGAAACCAUAAACUCUCUCUCUCUCUAACCCCGCUGGAGUUUUCAAAAGGUCGUCGUUUCCGCACCAUCGUUAUCACCGUCACCGAAUCCAGUGGCAAUCCAGUAAAUUCCUCCAGACCCGGUGGCGUUUCCCGUCCCCGGGGCUCCUCCUCCUCGGCCCCAUCGGCCACACAAUCUGUUCCUUCAGUUUAGAUCUUUUCCUUCAAAUCAGAGAGAGAGGGUGAGGAAAGGGAGAGAAAAUGUUGAAGCUCUCGGCGUACAAUGGAGUGGACCAAAUUCACUGCGUGGCGGUCCAAUGCCGCUUCCUGGGCCCGCCCAAGCCCAACCCAAUUUUCCCCCGCCGGAAAGACGGCGCCUUUCUUGCCCACCGCGCUGCUUCCCCUUCCAAAACACCGGUUCUCGCCGUUGUAUCGGACCGGGGGGCCGGAAGCGUGGCGGGACGGGUCGAGACGAAAUCCGGGUCGGUCACCCUGGCAAACCGGCUGAGGAAGGGGAGCAUGGCGGGUGACGGGAAAUCGUACAGGGAGUGCUUUAUAGUGAGGUCCUAUGAGGUCGGGAUUAACAAGACUGCCACUGUCGAGACGAUUGCUAAUUUCAUCCAGGAGGUAGGAUGCAACCAUGCUCAAUAUGUUGGCUUUUCGACCGAUGGAUUUGCGACCACCACCACCAUGAGGGAAAUGCAUCUCAUAUGGGUUACUGCUCGCAUGCAUAUUGAAAUCUACAAAUAUCCAGCUUGGAGUGAUGUUGUUGAAAUAGAAACAUGGUGCCAAGGGGAAGGGAGAAUCGGCACUAGACGUGAUUGGAUACUCAAGGACUAUGCCACCGGUGAAGUCAUUGGAAGAGCGACAAGCAAGUGGGUGAUGAUGAACCAAGACACUAGGCGACUUCAGAAAGUCAGCGACGAUGUUAGGGAAGAGCACUUAGUUUUUGCUCCGCGAGAGCUGAGAUUAGCGUUUCCAGAACCUAACAAUAAUAGCUUGAGGAAAAUUCCCAAACUGGAAGAUCCUGCACAGUAUUCCAGACUGGGAGUUGUGCCGAGGAGAGCUGAUCUUGACAUGAAUCAACAUGUUAAUAAUGUUGCUUACAUCGGAUGGGUUCUUGAGAGCAUGCCUCAAGAACUCAUCGAUAGCCAUGAACUGGAAGCAAUCACCUUAGAUUACAGGCGGGAGUGUCAACGGGAUGACAUAGUCGAUUCCCUUACUAGCGUUGAACCCUUCGACGAUGCUCCAGCUCUUUCAGGUAACGGAACAAACGGAUCCCUUGCUGCAACAGAAGAUGAUAAGGACUACCGUCAGUAUCUGCAUCUACUAAGAUCAGCAGGCGAUGGUUCAGAAAUAAACCGAGGACGAACCAUCUGGAGAGAAAAACCUGCAAGAUGAGGAAAUGAUCUUCUCUCUUGGUUUCGCCGGUUUUAGGGUUGAUUUUUGUUUCUGUUUCCCUUUGUUUUUGUCCCUUAUAUGCGAAGGUUGUUUCCUAGUUGAUGUCAUCUGCCAUAUUUUCUUAUCUCAGUUUUUUUAUUAUUUCCAGUCCUCCCCUUCUUCCAAAUUGUUUCUGUCAUGUUAGAGUGGAAAUGUAAGGUUUGGAUUUUAGUUGCAAAAUGUAACACUUAUGUUACCA